AGUUCCCUUCAGGGAGCUGGCAGGGACGGGGGUGCGUCCCCAAUUCCUGCCUCCUAGGAGUGGCUGAGCCACCCUUUACCGGGGUGCAAACCCAGUUCAGGGGACACCCCAUUCCCAGGCCACCUCCCUGGUGGCCCCACCUCCCAUUUUGGGGUAUCCCAGCACGCCUGACCAGGGCCGGGGCGCUCCCCAGCCAUGUCCUUCCGGAAGGUGGUGCGGCAGAGCAAAUUCCGGCACGUGUUCGGGCAGCCGGUGAAGACGGACCAGUGCUACGAUGACAUCCGCGUGUCCCGCGUCACCUGGGACAGCACCUUCUGCGCCGUCAACCCCUCCUUCGUCGCCAUCAUCGUGGAGGCCAGCGGCGGCGGCGCCUUCCUCGUCCUCCCCCUGCACAAGACCGGCCGCAUUGACAAGUCGUACCCCACGGUGUGCGGCCACACGGGCCCCGUCCUCGACAUCGACUGGUGUCCCCACAACGACCACGUCAUCGCCAGCGGCUCCGAGGAUUGCACCGUCAUGGUGUGGCAGAUCCCGGAGAACGGGCUGAGCCAGCCGCUGACGGAGCCGGUGGUGGUCCUGGAGGGCCACUCGAAGCGCGUUGGCAUCGUCACCUGGCACCCCACCGCCCGCAACGUCCUGCUCAGCGCGGGCUGUGACAACGUGGUGCUGAUCUGGAACGUGGGCACGGCGGAGGAGCUGUACCGGCUGGACGGGCUGCACCCCGACCUCAUCUACAGCGUCAGCUGGAGCCGCGACGGCUCCCGCUUCUGCACCGCCUGCAAGGACAAGAGCGUCCGUGUCAUCGACCCCCGCCGCGGCACCGUGGUGGCCGAGAAGGAGCGGGCGCACGAGGGGGCCCGUCCCAUGCGCGCCAUCUUCCUGGCCGACGGCAAGAUCUUCACCACUGGCUUCAGCCGCAUGAGCGAGCGGCAGCUGGCGCUGUGGGACACGGAGAACCUGGAGGAGCCCAUGGGGCUGCAGGAGCUGGACUCCAGCAACGGGGCUCUGCUGCCCUUCUACGACCCCGACACCAGCGUGGUCUACGUCUGCGGCAAGGGGGACUCGAGCAUCCGGUACUUCGAGAUCACGGAGGAGCCGCCCUACAUCCACUUCCUCAACACCUUCACCAGCAAGGAGCCCCAGCGGGGAAUGGGCUGGAUGCCCAAGCGCGGGCUGGACGUCAGCAAGUGCGAGAUCGCCAGGUUCUACAAGCUGCACGAGCGCAAGUGUGAGCCCAUCAUCAUGACCGUGCCAAGGAAGUCGGACCUGUUCCAGGACGACCUGUACCCGGACACGGCCGGCCCCGAGGCGGCCAUGGAGGCGGAGGAGUGGGUGGCGGGGCGCACGGCGGGGCCCGUGCUGGUGUCCCUGCGCCAGGCCUACGUCCCCAGCAAGCAGCGGGACCUCAAGGUGAGCCGGCGGACGCUGCUACACGACAGCCGCGCCACGGCCGCAGCCACUGGGGCCACCACGCCGCCUCCCACGCCCCCCGCGGCCCCUGCCUCCACUCGCUUCAGUGCCCCCCCGGUGCUCGGCUCCGGCAGCGCCACGGGAGGUCGCCUGGAGGAGGUGCUGCAGGAGGUGGCGGCGCUGCGGGCGCUGGUGGCGGAGCAGGGCCAGCGCAUCUCCCGCCUGGAGGAGCAGCUCAGCCGCCUGGAGAACGGCCACGUGUAGGGACCCCCGCAGGGACCACCGCCCCAGGGACCACGCCUGCACCCCAGGGACCCCCCCGAAUCAUCUCGCCCCCCUGGGGUGCCCCCCCUUUGCCCCGCUCCGGGCCCUUCUCCCACUGGGGGGCUGGCCGCCCCUCUGGCAGCUCCCCGCUUCCCCCCAUUGCCUUACUGGGUGCUGCCCCCCCAAGUCAUGGACCAUUCUCCACCCCGGCCCCCAUUCCUCGGGCUGGGGGUUGCUCCUGGGAUCAAAGAUUACCCCCUGCACCCCCCAAUCCCUGCGUGGGGUCUCCCCCCUUUCUGUGGGGCAGGGCAUGAUCUGCCUUCCUCAACUGUGAGAUACUGUCCCCCCUAUAUUUUGGGGGCUUUUCCUCCCCUCCUCCUCCUCCUUGCGUCCCCCCUCUCCAUUCCAGUGCAGGAUCAGAAACUAUAUUUUCACUCCAAAUAAAGGAUUUAUAAGAAAA